AUGGAGCCCUUUAAGGUCUCAUUUCUGGGCCCGAAAGCGUCCUUCUCCCACCAGGCCGCUGUAGAGGCAUUUGGAGCUUCGGCGCAAUUGACUCCGUGCUUGUCGUUUGCAGACGCCUUCGCGGCAGUCCAACAAGGACAGUUGGACUAUGCAAUAAUCCCUGUCGAAAACUCGAGUAACGGAUCCGUCGUGCAGACCCUCGAUCUUCUAGCAGACCGAAAUGAAAUCUACGGCGAUGUCGAAGUAUGCGCGGAACAUUACCUGACAGUCCAUCAUUGCUUCAUGGUUCGAAAGGGCGUAUCAUCAAACUACAGCUCGAUAACCAAGCUAUAUACACAUCCGCAGGCCUGGGGGCAAUGCGAAGCUUUCCUCAGCAAGAACUUCAAAGGGGUUGAGCGACAAGACGUCUCUUCAACUUCGAAAGCCGCUGAAAUUGUUUCGAAGGAGACCACAGAACGCAGUGGCGCCAUCGCCAGCCGCUUUGCGGCGGAGUACCAUGGCGUGGAUGUCCUUGAAGAGAACAUUGAGGAUAGAGCUGAUAACACAACACGUUUCUUAAUAUUGAGGAAUGUGCAUUCGGAGCGCUCAACCCGACUGAAUUUCGGGCCUACGUCGACUGCUUUGAAGACUCUGAUUUUGUUCACAGUCAACCAUGAUUCACCCGGGGCGCUGGCAGACGCCUUGUCAGUUUUCAAAGACCAUGGACUGAACUUAACGAGCAUAAACACGCGUCCGAGCCAAAGGCGAGCUUGGCAAUAUGUGUUUUUUGUGGAGUGUGCUAGAGUUCCUACACCGCAGAACCAAGAAGCUGUCACUAGAGUUCUACAAAGCCUGCCGCAGGUGACUGAGAGUUGCAAAUAUCUGGGAACUUGGAAAGAUGAAUUCUGA